UUGCCCAAGCCGAACACCUCAUUUCAUUUCAAAUCCUGUCUCUCUCUCUCUCUCUCUCUCUCUCUCUCUCUCUCUGAAUAAGGGAAAUCAGAAGCCCUGAAACUCGAAGCAUCUGAAAACGGGAAGGGUAAAGAAGAAGAGGAAAAUUAUCUGGUGAAUGGAGGCUAUCAGAAAACAAGCUACGAGGCUCAGAGAACAAGUCGCCAGGCAACAACAGGCUGUCUCAAACAGUUUGGGGGAGGGGGAUAUGGAGGCUUGACACGUAAUUACUGAUGAGGCAGAACUUCAUCAACAUCAGAAGCUCGAGAAGCUGUAUAUAUCCACUCGUGCUGGGAAGCAUUUUCAAAGAGAUAUUUUUCGGGGUGUAGAAGGAUAUAUUGUCUAUGGGUCUAAACAGGUUGAAAUAGGAACAAAGUUAUCCGAGGAUAGUAGGAAAUAUGGUGCUGAAAAUACAUGCACAAGCGGUCAUACAUUGUCAAAAGCUGCAUUAAGUUUUGGACGUGGUCGUGCUCAGAUGGAGAAGGAACGAGGGAAUCUGUUGAAAGCUCUUGGUACACAGGUUGCAGAACCAUUAAGGGCAAUGGUAAUGGGAGCCCCAUUGGAGGAUGCUAGGCAUCUUGCUCAACGUUAUGACAGAAUGCGCCAAGAGGCUGAAGCACAGGCCAUUGAAGUUUCCAAACGCCAAGCAAAGGCCAGGGAAACACCAGGACAUCCUGAUAGUCUAAUGAAAUUAGAAUCUGCUGAAGCAAAGCUGCAAGAACUGAAGUCAAAUAUGGCAGUAUUGGGGAAGGAGGCUGCUGCAGCAAUGGCUGCUGUUGAAGCUCAACAACAGAGGUUGACUCUUCAGCGACUGAUUGCUAUGGUUGAAGCUGAACGUGCUUACCAUCAAAGAGCCCUUCAGAUACUUGAUCAGCUUGAAGGCGAGAUGAUAUCGGAGCGGCAACGAAUUGAAGCACCACCUGCUCCAAGUAUGGAUAGCAUGCCUCCACCACCAUCAUAUGAGGAAGUAAAUGGUGUAUAUGCUUCUCCAACUCAUAAUGGGACAACAGACAGCAUGGGGUACUUCUUAGGAGAGGUCAUGCAUUCAUAUCAAGCUGAAUCUGAUGUGGAGCUCAGCUUGGCAGUCGGUGAUUAUGUUGUUGUCCGAAAGGUGACAAAUAAUGGAUGGGCGGAAGGAGAAUGCAAGGGCAAAGCAGGUUGGUUCCCGUUUGGAUAUAUUGAGAGAAGGGAACGUGUUCUAGCAAGCAAGAUGGCUGAGGUCUUUUAGAAAUGAAAAGUUGGCGUCUCAACGAGACAGUUUCUUGUGUGUAUGUUUUGCUCUGGUUUGUAUUCAAAAGGGUAGGGGAGCAUGUAUUGUCACAAAUAGAGGAUCACUUAAUCCUUUCUCUAGUUUUUGACAUGUGAUAUAGAUACCAACAGUUUUGCUUUCUUCCUAUUGUUAUGUGAAUACCUUUCACAUCCUAUUUAUUUAUUUGUUUUUGGCUGCAAGGAAGAACGUGAGCAAAAUCUUGUUUAUUUGUUAAUAUUGCUAAUUGAUUCGA